AUGGGUGUCUGGAGUUCCAUUAGGUAAGCGAUAAGAAAUGUUUUUGAUGAGGUAAUAUUUACUAUAUUUGUAAUUGUACGGCACAUAUGGCUAUGUGAAUCUGUUUGUCAAUUCGCAAACCCUAGGCUAGAUAAUCAUAAAUCAAUCAAAUUUUGUGAAUUUUUAAACUUGGAGCUUUAGCCUUGGCCAAAGUAUAAUAACAUUCACCAGCCCGAAGAAGAAUAACACUAUACUAACUCUCCUGAAGAUUUCUUUCACGGUUGCGAAUGUUAAAAUUAACUAUAUCAGUCGCGGCCGUUUCCUAGUUUAGUUCAGUUGUUUUACACAUCAAUAUUCCGAUCAUAAGACUUCUUUCCCUAGACUAUAUUUUUUAUUACUUUGGAUUACUUAAUCUAUUUAUUCCUAAUAUCCAAUUAGAUAUUAUAGUACUUUUGUUAUAUAGUUCUAUCCAUCUUGGGAUAAUGUGUUCCCAUAACAAGGUAAACGAGGGAUAGGUAAAAGGAAACAUGAAUGCAAUAAAUCUAAUUUCUAUAAAUGGGAUCACUCGAACACUGACUAGGUUCUGUUCAUUAUUUAUAACAUAUAAUAUUUCUUUCAGCUUUUGUAAUUUUGAGAAGGGAAGGAUCAGAAAUACUUACAGUGGCUCAAGGUAAGUCUUUUUGUUAGAUCUACAGUAAGUGUGAGUGGGUUAUAAGUGAGUGGGGUGUACUAAUUAUCAUACUUACUUGUAGCUAAGAGUUAAGCUCAGUUCGAAUUAUGAAAGGAUGCUGUAUUUCUCUUUUCUAGAAAUUCCAAUAUGAAACAGAUCUUAAACAUUGACUCGGAUAGCUUUAGCACCACGGUUCUUCAGGAUGUUCAGGAAAUUCGAAUCCAAGAAUCAGAUCAGUUUCAAAAUUUAGUUCAACCUCUCUCGAACUAUCAAGAGAAAGAAUCCUUCCACUGCCCAACGUACUUUGAAUAUUCCAUGGGAGGGAAUUUAAAGUUCUAUAAAGAGUAUCUUCAACAGGACUUGGAAUUGGAAAACAAAGUAUAUUCUGUUAAGAAUCCGCGACAACGGCUGAGAAAAACUUCGCACAGUGACAAUGAUUCGGAGCCAGAGGCGCUGCGAUAUGCCUGUAAACCUCAAGAGAAAGUUAUGCCUGUUGUCAACACCAUUGCAGAGGAGCCUGAGUUAUCAUUUGAUGAUUAUAGUUCAAUUUACCAACCUGAGUUUAUGUUAAAUAUUAACUCAAAGUCUUUGGUCAAAGAGAUGCCGAAACAUGUGUUAGGAGAUAGAGUUGAUAAGGAACUGAUGGGGAAUAAAAGAAGAAACGAUAAACAUACAAUUGCAAGUUGGUCUCAGGAUUUGAUUGAAGAUUCUCCACCUGAAAACGUAGUGGAGGAUUUGGAGGUUCGCGUAGUUAACAAGUCAAAGAGCUUGCCUGCAGUGAAACCAAAUGCUGUGAUAACAAACCACGAAGACAUGUUUGAUUACCACAGUUCUUCAGUCAAGACAAAAAGGAAUAGUAAACAGUUGGAAAACCAAGAAAUGAAGUCAUUACAGGGUAAAAGUAAAGGAAACCAAGAAAUAAAGUCAGCACAACUUGAUAAAAAUAAAAUAUGUACUGAAAACAAAACAGUAAGUUUAAAACAUCGACAACCAAAGACAACUCAAAGCAGGGACGAAAGUAAGGUUACAGAAGCUAAAAACAUUUUAUCAAAAGAAAAGUCUUCCACACAAAAGAAAAGCAUAGUUGAUCACACAACUUCUUCUCCACCAUGCACAAAAGCCGAAAUUAAAAAAGAAUCAAAAGAUCGAGCUAAAAAGCCUAGUGCAGAGAGGAUAGAGAAAUCAAAGAAAUUAAUACACACAAAGGAAUUGGAUAACAAAAAAUAUUCGUCAAUAUCGUCUGAGGACAAAAACACCUUACCUGAUGCUGAAAAUAAUCAAACAAGUAUUGAAUCGCAAGAUAAUUUCCUAUCUAUGCUAAGUACGGACACAACUACGUUGUUCGACAAUGUUGAUUUGUUUAAAGAAUUAGGAACGGGCGAGAAAAAGUUAGGUGAACCAAAACUAAAGGCGGAUGCAGAAUUCUACCCAGAAUCACCCAUUUCGGAACUGAAUUUCUUUAAAACACCAUGCAGUACCCGACAUAACAGUUUGGAAACAUUUGAACAAUUGGAAAGUGAAUGUAUUGAAGACAUCGCUAGACAGGUAAGAAAUAUACAUGCUUCGCUUAUACCGCGGAAUAAUUUCUGUUGUUGCUCAUACUGUGAUACUGAAUAUCAGGGUAAUAGACGAGUUUCAGGAUCAUCACUGUAUGCAGCGGUUAACUAUCUUUUCAUCAGAAAUGAAAACGACUGUAUUAACCGCGACUGAAAAACAUAGUAAAAAUUGGAAAGGUUAAAAAUUGAAACAAAUUGGAAAAUAGUUGAAAAAAACAACCCCUCGCUUUAUUUACACCAUACGCGUGGGUCGAUUUUAGGCUUAGGCCUGCCAUUAUGAAGUUCCUAUUGGAAUUACAACUAUUAUAUGUGCAUUAUAGAUAACGUCUGCUGUUUUUACACGAUGCGUUUCAAACUUUGCAAUUUUAUUAUUCUCUAACCUAUAAUAUGAUCUUUUCACCUGAAACAAUCAUUCUGACUGCAACAAAAAUUCUAUGAAAAACGAUCCUAGAACACAUCUCCAAACAUGAUACAUUAUAACAUGCUAUCUUCUAAGAUCCACAAAAUUUACAAUCAUAACUAUUUGGUCACACGCUGCUAUUUUCAUAUUGUAGGAACAAGAAAAGCCAGAAGAUAACACGCUGACGUCGAAUCUUCUUCCAAACUAUAAAAAAUUACCAAAAGAAUUUCAAGAAAUGGCAAGGAGGUUAUCGAAAAAAGAUUCUCCGAAAAAAUCUUCACCAUCUUUACAUCAAAUGAAUUCUUUUCCGAACUUGAACUGUUCCUCUAGUACAUGUAGCACAAUGUCUCCUCACUCUCCCAGUGGCAGGACAUUGUUCAGAACUCCCAGUUAUAAAAUGCCUAAGACACCAAGCUUAAGUCGGCAACAUCCUUCAACUUAUGUCACACAACAUACGUCAUCUCGCUCGAGACCUUCAUCACGCGCGUCCUCGAGAGCUACUUCGCCUACACGUGAGCACAUCGAGGCGCUGCUGUAG